ACCACCACCUCCUCCUCUUCUUCCGCCGAUAUAUUCUUUCGCCGCAUUGGAAAUCGCGCUCGUUAGCGAUACACGCGAUUAUCGGUAUUCCCAUGGAAAACCAUCGGCUACCUAAUUACGCCGAUACAAGGGAGAAAUCUCUCCCUUUGCCCUCCCACCCCUCGGCAACGUUCGAUUAUCGAACGGAAAUUACAAUCGAACAAUUAUAAUUAGCGAAAUAUAACGCGAUAUACCGUUCGACGCGAUUUGUUCCAUAGUUUGUUCGCGCGCGAUAGCCGCAAAGUAUCAUAUUGUUCCAUCUGAAUCGAUUAAUUUUAUCACUGGGAAAUAUUGUAUUGUCACAUUUAUCAUUACAAUCGGUCUACUUAACGCGCACAUCGGGGCAUCAAAAGAGAUUCAAGAGGCACCGACGGCAAAGCGGUUGUAUUAACCCACUGUUGCACUCACCGUCGAUCUUCCUCCGCUAUUAAUCGCCACCGUUUACCGUUUAUGUACAUUACCGCGGCUAAUUAUACCGCGGCAGUUGCCCUUUGACUCGAUUAGUAACAACGAAUGCGCCCGGCAAUGCCCAGCCACGUGCUGCGCCCGCGUUUCCGAAUUGGUUCCACGGGAGUUUACGGGGUCGCCAACCGGUCUCUAUCGAGCGGAGAGGAAGGGAAGGGAAAAAAAAGGAGAAGAACCGAGCCGCGAGACGGGAAAGGAGGAAGGGAGGAGAAUCCUGCGAGAGGGAGAGACAGAAGAGGGCGAUUCGGUACCAUUUGGCUCGGCUUCGACGUCGGUUAACGCAGCGGGGUUACCGGCGGACGCCUCGACGGACACAUUGAGGGCGCCCGUUCGACUUGAUAAUCGCUUGCCAUUCAUACACUUUUCAUUGGAUUGCGAUUGAGCAUUAAGAAACCGGGAGAAAGAGAGAGAGUGAGAGAGAGAGAGAGAGAGAGACCCGGGAGCUACGCGUAUUGCGCCAUUGCGCGACGUAUUAGCAUUAGGAGGCAUCAUCUCGAGUGUAAACACUGCAUGGGCACCGCGGAUUUAGUCACAGUCGAGAACCGCGGGACGUCCCCGAUAUUAUCGGUCCCUUUUCACGUUUUUACCUCUGGCAACGUCCCUCCGCUGCAACCCCCUCCCCGAUAAACGAACUGGAGAUCCAUUAACCUUCUCAGAAACCGCUUUUUUUUUUUAUUUGGAACGGUCCCGAUCUCCCUCUCUUUCUCUUAUUCGGUUUUGAUGGGAGUUAAAUUUUUAAUGAAGCAACAAAGUCAUUUUUAAUUUUUAAUCUAACAUUUCAAAGAUAUAUAUACACAUAAAUAUCAUGUACGAUAUCGGUAAGAAAUGAACAUUGACAUUGAAUAUUGAAUUAUUCCGGACUAUUUCGAGGUUUACUUCAUUACGAAGAGUAGUAAGAUGUGUUUUGGAAGGAGAGGGGGGCGGCAAGAGCAUAUUAAGAGAUAAAGAAUAUUUUGCAGCAAAAGAAUAUUUUGGCUUUUAAGAAGAAAUUAAACUGCAAUAUUGCACAAUAUUAAAAUCUUUUACGAGCAGCCUCAGGUUUACCUUACUAAUUUCAAUCUGAAAUUCAAUACGACAAAUUCAAUACAACAAGAAGCGUGAAAAAAACCGCACAAAAAAAAAGUUCAAAAUGAGUUACAACUCGCGCGUUAGCUUUUCACGAGCAAUCUGCGCGUUAGCUCGCCCGACGGAUCCCAUUCUACGUACAUCCCUAUACAGCGGCGAGAUCGACCCAAAGACAUCGAGACUAGAGAAAUGUACGAGGGAGGAUCGCCGCGCCGGUGAACGUCGCUGACACACAAGAAAGUUUCGUCUUUCGAAGGGACGGAGGAGGGGGCGGAGGAGGAGAAGAAAGCGGUUUGUCGUUGGCCUUAACCGCGAGGAUUCACGGUUGAAGCCCACGGGCAGCGGACCGUCGUCCAUGAUCCCCUUUAUCCAAUCCGCGAGGAUCCGUGGGGCGUUAAAUCCCUCACGGGAAAGCUCCGUAACUGAGCUCCUCUCGCGUUCGCGCGCGCACGCUAAGUCGGUCAGCUCGGUCCAGCCGAGCGAGAGGAUCACAAUACCGGCGCCGACCGCGGGCCGGGCACAUCCGCAUCCCCGGCUCUCGCACGUUCUCCCCGUGAAAAUUAGUUGCGCGAGAAAUCCAUGCUAAUGUCGACUAAUCGGCCGUAAUCAGCCGUGAGAGCCGACGGCUGUCACGAGUCGACGGAAGAUCGCGACGGAGAGAGAGAAGCGAGAGAAGCGAGAGAGAGAGAGAGAGAGAGAACCUUUCCUCGGGCCGCGUCAGCGAUUCGAUCGCGACGAAUUGACGCGCGAUCAGACGCGGAUUCGUAUUGAGGGCGAUCGUGUUUCCACGGAAAAUAGCCUAUUUUUGCGCGAACUGACAGGUCGAGAUGAGUGAACGAAUAAUGAAAGAGCAACCGAGUAAGUCUACGCAAGAAGAAGUUGAGCCUCCAAAACAUGUUACUUACAAGAAUGAGGUCGAAGAACCAAAUGAAUCUACCAUUCAAGAAGAAGUUUAUGAUCCUCACAUACAUCGUGACACUUACAAACCAGUGUCAGAUUUUGGGUCUUUCGCAAAUUUGGUGAAAAGCGCGGCUGGAACGGGUCUCUUCGCCAUGCCGAAUGCUUUUGCCUGCGUCGGUCUCGCAAUCGGGAUUAUCGGUACGGCAUUUAUGGGACUACUGAUAACCGUGUCUCUUCAGUUACUCGUCAGAAUUCACCAUAUGAUGUGCAUUCGUCUGAGGAAACCUAUCUUGGUGUAUGACGAAGUGGUAGUAGCCACUCUAACCACGGAUGUACGAAAACCGUGGCUGUCUACACGUGCUGCAACACUCAUUGUGGAUAUCACGAUGCUGGCGUGCUACAUCGGGAUCGGUUCGGUUUACGUCGUGUUUAUUUCCGGCAUAAUCCAGGAAUGUAUAGACAGUGAAAAAGUCAUCGGUCAAAGUUACUACGCGCUCAUGAUAUUUCCAUUACUUUUUGCAAUGAACAUGAUGAAGAAUCUUGCGGACAUCGCGCCAAUUUCUAUUAUGGGAAACAUUUUGCUUCUCGCCGCUGGGCUUAUUGGAGUCGUGUACGCUUUGAAAGACGGAAUCGGUGAUACUUGGGCCACGAUCGGCCCGAAGAUAGACCUGUACCCGAAGUUCAUCGGCGUGGUUUUCUUCAGUAUGUGUUCGCCAGGCGUGAUAUUGGCGAUAGAACAUAGUAUGAAGAAACCCUGGGAUUACAUUAGAAUGUGCGGUAUAUUGAACUGGGGCAUGGCAUUUUUAAUUAUAAUACACAUUUUCGUUGGCUCUAUUGGUUACUUGAAGUGGGGACCCGACGCGCUCGGCAAUUUUAUCCGUAAUCAUGAGAUACACGAUGGACCGACGAUAGCGGCACUAGUAAUGCAAGCGCUGGCAAUGUACUUCACGUACGGGCUACAGUGUUACAUGCCCAUUCGGAUUCUCAAGUACAGCUAUGCCAUACCGGCGAUCGAGGGCGGCACCUGCAAAGGAACACCGUUCCUUUGGGAUCUGAUCAUUCGUUUCGGCAUCACCAUCGUCACGUGCAUUCUGGCGGCGGCGAUCCCGAGGCUUGAUCUAUUUACCGGUCUGGUCGGCGCUAUAUGCAUAUCUACAUUGGCCACAUUGAUCCCGGUUACCUUAUACAUUCUCGUGCAUCACGCGGAUUUCGGAAGGUUUAAAUGGAGACUAAUUCUGGGCGUCUCCAUGUUUACCAUCGCUUUUAUCGCGGCUGUGUGCGCCAUAACGACCAAUAUGAUCUUACUCGUGAAGUACUUUAGAUACGGGGAUUGAAACCGGAGCGACGGCGGUGUUAUCUUAAUCUAGUCUCUGUUCGUAGUCCCCAGCCCGAUGAAAAUACCGUCGGCAUGCCUCGUAGCGUUUUCCAUUUUUGUCUUCGGGCGCGGCUCUAAAGCCGCCACACCGUUUACGCGCGAUUCAGCCUAAUCACGGCAGCUGCGGCAGCGACGGCGACGACGACAACGGCGAGGCGGCUGGAAAAACCGCGAAAAAGGCGUGAAGCUCGUGAGGGACAAAAAGCGAGGAGAGCCAGAAAAAAGGAGAGAGAAAAGAGGGAAUACGGCGAGAGAAGCGCGCGCGACGUAUAAUCGCGUCAGAUCACCGAGGCGUCAAUGGCUGCUGCUGCUGCUGCUGGGCUUAUCAUGCACACACACGUGGGACACAGGAUGAUGAAA